CGCAGCAGUGUUUCAAAUGUGUUUUAAUUACCCGCUUGGCUAAUAUUAAACAGUACCGACUUUGACCGAUUUACUUACUUUAAUUUAAAUAAUCUAAGUUAAAUACAAGGAACGUGCCGCUGGUGUAACAAGCAGUGACUAUGGCCGCUCCCCUGCCUUCAAAGGGGCCUGGUCUUGCCAGCAUGCCCUCCCAGCCACAAGCACAUGGCCCCCCCGGCUCAGGCCCCGCCCAGCCCCCCAUGGCCCCACAGGGUGCCCUCCGGGAGAUUUCGCCCGUCUUUCUGUGUCGCAUUGGCCAGGAGACUGUGCAGGACAUAGUCACACGCACCAUGGAGAUCUUCCAGAUCACACGUGCAACACAGCUUCCGAACGGGGUGACGCAGAGCCAGGCGGUGUACCAGGACCGCUUCGGGAAGCUGCAGGAGCACCUGCGCCAGCUGGCCCUGCUGUUCCGCAAGCUCCGCCUCCUGUACGAGCGCUGCGUGGAGAUGACCUCCGACCUGCAGGAGGGACCUGCGGAGCUGGUGCCCUACACCGGAGAGACUGCAGCCCCGGUUCGAGUGGAGCCCUGCAGCUUGGCUGUCAGCCAGGAGAGACAGGAGGUUCUGGAGAAAGUGAGGCAGAAGAACCAGGAGAUGAAGGUGUUGAUGGACCAGAUGAGGAACCUGCUGUGGGACAUCAACGCCAUGCUGACCCUGAGGAAGUGACUCCAGCAUCCC